CGCAGUGUCAGUGUAUCGAUCACGUUGAAGUUGAAGUGUUUGGCUCGAUUCCAGAUUCCCGUGAGAGCGGAUUAUCGAACUUGUCGAGUGAAGCAUAUUCGGUGCUUCAGCCGAUCGUAAAUUGACAUGGAACACUGUUCAGAGUGUGUUACAUGGAAGGGAAAACCACGGCACACUCACACCUACACACACGCCCAAUGCAACAUGGAGCUCAGCUUCCCUCGGGUCCGGAUGUUCGUCAACUGUCGGGGCACAGAAAUAAGAUUUUAAUGAGCGACCGUGGGUGGAAAAAAGGACUAUGUUGCGCCAUUCUGUGGUUGAGCAUAUUUAAAACAGCCACGAAGAAAAUCAUGUUCGCUUUAAUUGAAAGUGCAUUACCGAUUAAUGGGGUCAAUUAAGUGGAGAGUGCAAAAGUAAUUAAUGCGAUAAGUUGCAUAAGCUAACGAGAGAGUGUAACCAUCCGUGGAAGAGUCAUAGGCAUUCGAACAAGUGGAUUUAGUGCUAAUCCGAACGAACGGAAAUAUAUGAUGAAUCAUUCGUAGCACAAUACCGGUUCUUUUUUCAAAUCAAACUUAAUAAUGCCUACACACUGUACAGGCAUUGGUGGCAUUGCCAAAGAAGUUCUACACAGUUCAUGAUUCUCUAAAGGUUUAUUUGUGCGAUUCUCAUUUUUUUUUCUCGCCCUGUAACGGGGAUGGUGGACGUGAAUAGUGAUUGGAGCUAUUUUUAACCGAAGUGCUAAUUACACUUGAGGCGGCUAUUAGAACAGCACGAGAUAGGCAGCAGCUCGAGAACGACGGAACGAAACUGUUGCCACAGUUUGACGUUAUUUGGCUAAAUACAUGAGGUGGAUGAAAUUGUGGUGUUCGUGUGACUGUGUGAUUGGUGAUGAUAAAGAAGAUAGUGAGAAGAAACUCCAACAGCAGUUAUCAGUGCGUAAUCAAGACAAAUGUGUGUGCAUUAGCAGAUUUGCCCUUUGAAUGAUCUGCAGUGGCGAAAAUAGAUGAUUAAUCCCCACAGUGACGACAUUCCAUCGUUAUCAUGACUUCCCGCACGAUCACGUCUCGGCUAAAAACGAACACAAAUAUGUAAUUAUCGGAAAGCGAUACGCCAUCACAAAAGUACCUUACAGUUCAGCAACAAAUCAGACCAAGCUACAGAAUCAAAAUGCGCUCCAUCCGCAAGUCGAUUGCCGAGUCGGAUGACGACGCCACGCGGUCCUCGUCGGGUGGUGGCUCCAGCGCCGCGGCCCAGCGCCAAGUCGAUUUGAGUCUACUGCGGAAACCGAUCCUGACCGCGGUCACCGGGUUCGUGGAGGCACUCCGGGCCUACGAAGCCGGUACCGAAGAGAUUCGGAAGCUGCUGGCCAACGAGUGCGACGUCCUGUACGAGUGUCGCGUGUGCCGGAACAUUUUCCGCAGCCUGACCAAUUUCAUUUCGCACAAACGUGUCUACUGUCGGAAGCUGUUCAAUGUGGCGCAGCAUUUUCACUUCCAAAACGAUGGCUUCCUGGAUCAGGACAUUGCGACGGUCUUGCAGGCCGAGCAGGACAGCCAGAGCAAGGCGAAGAAGGCCCAUGCAGAUAUCCUCAACAAGGACCUUUCCAGUAUCAUUGAACGACUGCGGCGGAAGCAACAUAAGCUCAGCACUGAGCUGAGUGUGACUGAUUAUUAUGAUAAGGUUAACCAUAAGCUAACACAGGACGAUCUCAGCCGGCAGCAACAUUUGCUGCAGUUGGAUCGGGUUCCCAGCACGGCGGCAGCAGUUUUCCAGACGGUAAGGCUGGGUGUGGUCGACAGCAUGCGAGCGCAGGUGGGCGAGCUGGAAAAUUUGAACAACAACAAUAACGAUACGGUGCUGGGACCGGAUGGGAAAGUUAUGCAGCCACAGUCCCGACCACAGUCUACGCUUCCAAUCAUACGGGGACCCUCGGAGCAGUACUUCCGGCCCAUUGAGCUGGAGACGAAAGAAAGGGUGGAGGAGGAGAAACCAGCGGGCUACAACUGUCAGGAAUGUAAUCUUCAGUUCGAUACGGAGAAGACGCUGAAAUUACACACGGACCUGAAGCACACGCCUUCGACGUACGUUUACACGUGUCCGUCGUGCCCGCGGACGUUCAUGCAACCGGGAGCGGUUAUUCGGCAUCUGUGCAAUGAUCACAAAAAAUCCAUGCGUCGCAUCAAACUGAUGCGCGACUCCAUCCUGAAGCGGCGUGUUCGUGCGGACGAAGUGGUCGUCAAGGGUCCAUCUCGCGAACUGUCCCGCCUGAUGCAGGCAUCGACCAACGGCACCUCGCAGGACGGCACCGUGGCAUCUGGCAUGCCGGAGCACGACGAAGCAGCGGCCACCCGAGCCUGGAUGGAGAACAUGGAGCACUUUGACCAGGGACCGAUGUGUUCGUACUGCGGAAAGACGUUCGAUCGCAAGGCCGUACUCAGCACCCACAUGCAGACCUGUGUGCACAAGCUACGGCAAACGGAGAACGGAUCGGUUCCACCCGCUUCCUCGGCGUCAUCCAAUAGCAGUAGCCGGAGGAGCAAGGUGAAGGAAGAAGCUUCGCCACCGUCGGUUGUGGCACCGAAAAUCAAACAGGAACCGGCCGAUCCGGUGGCCAGUGAUGACUCGAAUUCCUAUGAUGUGCCGUUGUCGACACUGCAGGCGCGUAUCAGCCAAGAGGGGAAGGAGAAUGUGCUGACGAUCAAGCCGGAAGAGCUGGCAAUGCAGGAGGACGGGGAAACGAGCAACCGGCGCAAGAGGAAGAAGCCAAUGAUUAUGCUGCGCAAUGCGAGUGACGAUAUUAGCUGGGAAACGGACGAGGUGGUGGAUCAGAGCGUGGUAGUUGCGACUGAGGAGAUCGUUGCAAGUGUUGUUCAAAUCAAGCAGGAAGUUGUCGAGGGAGGUGACACGGAAACAUUGAAGACUAAAAAGGCUCCGAGGAAUCGAAAAAAGAAGACCGAUGAGAAGGACGAGACCAUCGAAAAGGAAAUGUUCGAGAAGCUAGAGUCGGGAGAGGAGAUACUCUGUCGGUGUUUGAAGAAGUACAAUGAUCCUGAAAAGUACAAACGACACUUGAGGGUGUUCCAUAGUCGGCAGAGGCGGUUCUGGUGCGCCGUUUGUGAUUUCAAAGGUUACCGAAAAGUGGACACCAUCAAUCAUUUGAUGCAGGAACACGGAUAUCAAGGAGACGUUGAAGACAUUAGCUCAUUGAUCAACUUCCAAGUGGUGGAAAAGGAAAAGAAAACUAUACCUGAACCCUCUUCGAACGCCACCGAGCCGAUCAACUCGAUCAUCGAGGCUGUGAGUAGAAACUGUGAUACCAGCCGGACGGACAUAUCCUUCGUGGAGUCCCCGGCUAGCAAUACCACCGCGCUGCUGCUGCUGGGCACUACUACAGUGUCGACGGCAAGUGUGACGCUUAAUGAAAGUACCACCAGAGUGCCAAGUCCCGAGCCUAAGAAGCGGAGAAGACUUAUCAGAGCUUCCCGCAAUUCCAUAUGCUUGAUGCCUCCGGAAUCCGAUUUCAACCGAAAGCCCAAACCCAGCGAAGAUCCACCUGAAGACAGUGCUAGCCCUAGCUUGAAGCGACCCAUUCGGAACCGCGUGAAACCCGUAGAAAAGGAUUUCGUGUACGACCUCACGCAUCUCCUUCACAAGGAGGAAGAUCUCGAUGAUUUCCCGCUGCCGGAACUAGUCCUCGAUAAGCCAUCGCCUUCGACUAAACCCAAAUCCGAAUCCAGUCGACCGUCCUCCCAGAACGCCAGCUCACCCAGCAAGAGAGAAUCGCUACGAUCGCACGUUCCAAAACCCAUCGCAGCGCACCUAGUCAAGGGGGCCGCCUACCAGAUGGCACAGCGCCAGGUUGAGCUUGGCCAUGCUGCUUUCCACCGGCCGCCGGACGUUCCCCAAGAGCGCACCUUCAUUCCCACCCAAGUGACCCCUCCCCGCCGAAUCACCACCAUCCACGAUUGGCCGGUGAUCAAGAAAGAGCGCAAAAUCGGGUCCAUCACCAAGCAGCACUCCGACAUCCAGAUCAAGCGUCGUUACACGAAACGUGCCUCGUCCAUCGCCAGCUCGUUGCUUCCGGAGCUGAUUCGCGAAAAGCGCAAAACCAUCCCCCGCCGGAACAGCGUUGUUCCCCUCCGGCAGAAGCUUUCCGCUUCCAUCGAGAUUCUCAACAAACUAAACGCAUCGCGGUCGGCUGCCGGACUGGCCGUGGUCCAGAUGACCGAUAUCCCCGUGAUGGUGAAGUGCCCUACCGAGGUGGAGUUUCGGCGAAUGAUCGAGGCUAACUUGAAGGAUCACCGGGCCACGCUGUCGCAGGCCAACCCGAACGGAUCGACCGUGGAGGAUUUGAGUGAUUCGGCCGCCGAUUCGCCGAAGAAACGCAUUACUCUGAUGCAGCGACUGCAGGAGAACCGGACCAAGCGGAUGCAGGAGCAAAACGGAACCUCGCCGACGAAGGAAAAGCCGACACCGCCACCGACGCCGCCAUCCCAACCGGCCGGCGAACCAUCUUCCCCUAGCAGUGCUUCCAAAUCGGUUCCAAACGUCGCCGAAAUGCUGCAUGCCAAACUGAAACGGUUUUCCUCGUUUUAAUUACUUUAGAACCCUUCUGUUACCUUAAGGUAUUUUAAGGUUUUCCUUUUCCUCGGUAUUCGUUACAAAACUGAAACUUACCGCCCUUGAAUUUGUGUUCCAUCUUAAAGCAUUUAGUCGCCCCGUCGCCUCCGUGUUAUUCGAUGUUCCAUCGUGUUACCUUGUAGGAUUUUAAUUUGUGCGCCGUUUGUAUUUCCAACUUCCAACACUACUACAUAGGCAUUCGGGAUGCGGAACUGCGCUGGCUCUAUUUUUAAGUACUUGAUUGAUACCAACUAGCAAUAGCUUUGACUAAGUUUUUAUUUUGUGAUUUAACUAGUAGUAUACGUAGGCUAAUCCUUUUUGAACGGAAAUGUUACAAAACACACAACAAAGACAUUUACUGAGAAGUGGAAUCUAGUUUGAGGCCUGACCAUGAUAGCAUGUAUGUACUGUUUAGCGGUUCGAAUAGUUAAUAGACAAAUCUUCCCUAUGUGUAAAUAAACAGAAAAAGACAAAUUUAUAAA